UUCCCCCCAGGUUAGGGUUUAAGCUGUAUAAAUCAACUCAGUUUCAUAAUCUCAACCACUUCAGCCGAUUUCAUCCGCAGCGCCGUUCACUCCGCCACCAGGUAUUUAGCGGCUUCGGAAGUCGGAUCUGAAAGAAGAAUGUCGGGUGAGGAUGCUGUUGUUGCUGAGGCUCCAGCUCCAGUUCCAGCUCUUGGGGAGCCCAUGGAUAUCAUGACUGCUUUGCAGCUGGUUCUGAGGAAGUCCAGGGCCCACAGUGGCCUUUCUCGGGGGCUCCAUGAAGCUGCCAAGGUCAUCGAGAAGCAUGCUGCUCAGCUUUGUGUCUUGGCAGAGGACUGCGACCAGGCAGAUUAUGUCAAAUUGGUGAAAGCACUCUGUGCUGAUCACAACGUUAGCUUGAUAACUGUGCCUAGUGCUAAAACUCUUGGCGAGUGGGCUGGGCUAUGCAAGAUUGACUCUGAAGGGAAAGCAAGGAAGGUGGUGGGCUGUGCUUGCGUUGUUGUGAAGGAUUAUGGGGAAGAAAGCGAGGGUCUGCAUAUUGUCCAGGAAUAUGUUAAAUCACAUUAAACAGUUUACUGGAUUUGUUUAACCCUCGUGCAUGAAGAUUGUGAUUCUAGGUGUCUAGUGCCCCCUAGUCUCAUUUUUCAUCACUUUGUGCAUCUAGUCUACAGAGAUUGAACCAUGACUUGAUAUUUAUCUGUUUGGUGUAAGUUUUGUCCCUUUGGUGCUUCAUAGUCUAGUGAAGAUUGUAUUGUACCAUGGCUUUACAUGUACUGAUUUUUAUGGAAGUUAUCUAGAAUCUUUUUCUAUUUUUCA